AUGCCUCGCGCCAUCAGAGGAGUCCUCAUCGAGUGUGACCCCUCCAUCAAGUCCAUCAUCGUCAAUAUCGACUCCAACAACCAUGACUACAUUAUUGAGGAUCUCGACGACCAGCACGUCGUUGUCAAGGAGAACAUGGUUGGUAUGCUCAAGAGACAGCUCGAUGAGAGGCUGAAGGAGACUCAGCAGCCCGACGAGAGUUCAGACUCUGACUGA